AUGGAACAAAAUAAUUUGCAAGUGAUAAAACUACACGAAAAUCCGCAAUAUUUGAAACCUUGCUGUGAACUUAUCAAUGAUGAGUGGCCUCGCAGCGAAACCGCUCGGAUGAUGUCGCUUCAAGCUUCUUGCGAUCAAUUGCCUACUAGUUUAAUAUUAAUUAACGAUCAAAGGCUUCUUUUAGGCCAUUGUAAGCUCACUGCCAUACCGAGUAUGCCGAAGAGUUGUUUUAUCGAAACAGUAAUAAUAUCUAAAGCAAUGAGAGGCAUAAAGCUUGGUACUUUUUUAAUGAAAGAAGUCGAAAAGUAUUGUAAAAAUGUAUUAAGAUUAGAUAUGAUUCAUUUGUCUACGAAAGGUCAAGAGAAUUUUUACGCUAAGUUAGGCUAUGAAUUAUGUGCCCCCGUUUCUAUAUAUGGUAGUAGUGUUGUUAACGAUAUCAAAACGGUAUCUAAAAUUGAUUUUGUACCAAAACAUAAUGUUAAUAUAAAUAAUUUGGUUUCGGCACCGCUACCACCACCCCCACCCCCGCCCCCACCGAUGCCGAAACUUCAAAGUGUAAAUAGUAAUAUCAAAACAAGUAAAACAUUUAUGUUCAAAUAUAUAAGU